ACUGCGAGGGAGUGUUAUGAGGCGAGUGAUUAAUUACGUCGGAGUGAAAUACUUUCUUUGGGGGGGCUUUGUGUACCCGGUAAGUUAAAAGGCUCCGGAGACUUUUACGCACGCAGGUGAAGUGUUUGGAUGAGCGUUCAAGGACACCUUUUCUGCAGACGCGCCGCUUCGUGAGGAUAAGACGUGAAUUAUUCUAGACUGAAGAGCAAAACCUCUGUCCUAUCGAAGCCCUCUUCGGAUUGCCUUCAUGUCGUUUUUCAAAACAGCGCCUUUGAAAGAUACCAGAGGUCUGUGAAGUGCACCCCGAUGACUGGAAGACAGACGCUCCGAAUGGACGGCGGCAGUUGCUCCGGGGCGGCGGUGGUGGACGACAGCCCCCCAUCCAGUCCGAGCUCCAGUCCCAGUCCGGACGGUCCUCGUCGGGAACUCCAGCGGGCCAGGGGGCUCCAGACCGGCGGGCUCGGCGGCAGGGGACGCCCGGCGGCGGCGAACGCGGCGCGGGAGAGGAGCCGGGUGCAAACCCUGAGAAGCGCGUUCCUGGAGCUACAAAGGACUUUGCCGUCCGUGCCGCCGGACACCAAGCUGUCCAAACUCGACGUGUUGAUACUGGCCACCACCUACAUUGCCCAUUUGACUCGAACACUACAAGAGGAAGGCGAGGAGGGAGAGAACACAAAAAAAACAGACGCGUUACACUCUUUGAAAGGUGAUGGCUACCUGCACCCAGUGAAGAAAUGGCCCAUGCGAUCCAGACUGUACGUCGGAGCGAGCGGACAGUUCCUCAACAUCACAAAUCCUUCAGAGUCCGAGAACCAAGGCCCAUCAUCGUCCACCUCCCAUGCUCGGCUUAAAUAAUUAGUAUGAAAGCAUUUCAUAUUGGCACGAGUCCAUGCUGUUUACUCUGGCAUCAUGGCUGUAGAUCUGAUUUCACUUCCACUAAAGCCCUACAAAUAGGAAAAAAAACAUUGUAAAUUAAUUUAUUACGUGAAUUGUAUUGUAUAAAUUUUGAGAAAGCAUACAUUAUGUUUGUUGUUAUUUUGACUAAUCCUCUUUGGCCUAGCGCCGUGCAGUU